CUGGUAGCUGUAUAACCUCGCCAAAAAAAAAACCUCUGCUCCCUAUUCGGCCUCUCUUUUCCUCACUACCUUCAUGAAAAUCUGUAAUCAGCCACCCCUUCAUGGACCAUGGAAGCCCAAACCGAGACCCCGCCCGAUGCCCAAAUCAAAGGCCCUGAUUCACCCAACAACGAUACAUCACACCUCUCCGAUCGUAAUUAUCUUCGCGCUGAUCUCCAAUCGCAGUCCGCGGCGACGGAGGAAACCAUAGUUCUCCUCCAGCGCGAAGGAGACGUGGUCGCCGAUUUAUCCAAACUCGUCGACGAAAUCUCGAGGGAGAGAGACUCUCUUCGCGAUAAAGUCGAUGAAUUCGAAGGUUCUUUGAAAGACAAAGAGAACGAGUUGGCGAAAAAGCUCGACGAGGAAUUAAGGAAAACAGAGGAGCUCAAGAGCGAAGUGGAAGUUUCCAGAGAAAGAAUCCAGAAAUUGGAAAGUGAAAUCAAGGAGAGAAAUGGUUUGUUGUUGGAUUUGCUGCGGGUAUCGAAGGAGAGCUUAAAGAGAAUAAUUGAGAGCGCAGACGAAGACGAAGAGGAAAAGGCCGAAUGGACGAGUGUAGGCGAAGAAGAAGAAGGAGACGAAGAAGAAAUAGCGGAAACAAGGAGGGUGGCGAGGGAGGCGGAGGAGAAGGUGAGGGAGUACAAGGAGAAGAGGAGGAAGGAGAAGAGGGAGUUGGAGAAGAGUGUGGUGAGUUUGACGGAGGAGAACAGGGACAUCAACAGUUUGCUCAGGGCGGCGCUGGUGGAGAAGGAGGCGGUGGAGAAGAGUUUGAGUAAGCUCAAGGGGAAUAACAGUAAUGAGCAGAAGAGGGUGGCCCUUUUGCAGAUUGCGGAGCGGGGAUUGCAGAGAGUUGGCUUCGGCUUUAUGAUGGGAACUACUGGGACCACCACAACUACUACUAGUAGUAGUGGUGGUAGUGAGCAACAGACCCAGACUAGUUCGGAUACUAGUGAAUGCGAAGAGGAAGAGAUUAAUAUCAGUUUGGCCUCAACUGUGGAGAGGAUAAUGAAGAAUUUGCGGCAGGAAAUCACUCAAUUGAGGAGAUCUUUUGAAGAAUCUAGGUCAGACACUGAGCGCCUACAGAGCCUUACAGAAAAACAAUCUCUAAAAAUUACUGAAUACACUCUGUACAUCAAAGAGUUGGAAGAUAGAGAGAGGGUGUUGGCUCAAAAUGUUGAAGAACUCCUGAUGGAAAUAAAAGAAACUGAAGCCGAGGUUGCUAGAUGGAGGGAAGCAUGUGAGUUGGAAGUGGAAGCUGGGAAAAAUGAAAUUGGAGAACGUGACAAAGUGGUGGACAUUCUGAAGCAAGAGUUGGAGAAAACAAGGGCUGCUUUGGACAUAUCAAAUGGAAAAUUAAAGUUGAAGGAAGAACUCGCAGCUACUGCAAUGGCUGCCCAGGCAGCAGCAGAGAGGUCUCUGCAGCUGGCUGACAGCAGGGCUGCAGCACUCCGUGAUCGGAUUGAGGAGCUGACAAGACAAUUAGAAGAAGCAGAGAGCAGGGAACGUAGUAGCCGUAAAAUAAGGCACAUAUGUUGGCCAUGGCGAGGUCUCAAAGUAAACUCUGCUAAUACUGCAACUAGUAGGGUUGGGAAUGUGAGAAAGAUGCUACCAGAAAUGCAAGCCUUGCUUCAUUAUGUACCUUAACAUUCUCUUGGUCCCAAUUGAUUUAUUUUAAUUUCUUUUUUCUUC